AUGGCUAGUCCCAGAGAACUGUUUAAUAUGUUUCGGGUACAUUACGACGACGAAGUCACCCGCAAUCCGCAUCGUUGCAGUUUGUGGCUCGACUAUGUCGGAAAGCUCAAGUCAAUUUGCCCGCAUAGACAGCAUCUUAGCUACCUUGGUUAUUCUAAGCUAUAUAAAAUCGAAAUAAUUACACAAGAUAAUCCACAAUCAUCACACAUUACCACUGAGGAAGGGGACCUAACCUACGAAGAAGUCUUCACUCAAAUACUCAACUCUUACAAGCGUGCCCUCUCUAAAAUGCCACUCAGCUAUAAAUUAUGGUAUUGUUUCCUUAGGGACUUGGUGCUAGAUAUUCCAGGCAGCUACUACGAGUUCCCCCAUCUAUACUCGAGGGCCAAUCAAGCCUUCGAGUCCUGCCUGGUCCAGCUCUACGGGACAAUGGCCAUCUACCUCCUCUAUGCCUCCUUCCUUAGGUUACAAAAUAGAAUAACUAGGGUCCGCCGGGUCUACGACUUGGCGCUGAUUAACUUGCCCGUCACUCAGCAUGACAUCGUUUGGUCAGAAUACGCGGACUUUGUCAUGGAGGCGAGACUUUUCCCGCUAGGACAGGCCGUAUUUCCUCGGUUAAUUCAGCUCUUUCCUGACCGCAAGGAGUCAUACUAUGACUUCCUGCGGUCUAUACCGCAGCAAGAAGAAGAGGCCUGUCGUUGCCUAUGUGGCAUCCUCAAUGAUGACACAUUCGUGUCCCCGAAGGGAAAAUCGCAGCACCAAUAUUGGAACGAACUUUGUGAACUGAUCAGAGAUCAUGGAGCUUACUUCAAGAACUUCCCUGCCGAGCAGGUCAUUCGUCAGGGUAUUUCAAAGUACACCGACCAGGUAUCUGUUCUUUGGGUUACCCUAGCCGGCAUAUACGCUAGGGGUGGGAACCUGGAUAUGGCCAGGCAUAUCUACCAAGAGGCUAUCACAAGCGUUGCUACAGUGGAAGACUUUUCCAUAGUAUUUAAUUGCUAUGCCAAGUUCCUCGAGCAGCUGGCCAAUGCGGGGAAGGAUUUUGAUUUAUGUAUAGCCCGUCUCGAGUACUUGGUGGACAAUCGCGCAUUGUUACUAUCAUCUGUUAGGCUUAAGCAGAAUCCGCACAUUGUAGACCAUUGGAUCAAGCGUGCCGCCAUAUUUGGGCAGACAGACCCAGUGAGGGCUGCGUCUGUCUACGCCGAGGCGGUGCAGACCGUUGAUUAUAAGAUAGCAAAGGGUCACCUCUCUGACUUGUGGAUUCGCUUCGCUGGUCUAUACGAGUCCCAGUUGGAUUUUGCUGGUAUUGAUAAGGUUUUUGAGUUGGCGAUAGUGGCCAAGUAUAGAUCUGUAGCCGAUUUGGCCACGGUUUGGUGUGCUUGGAUAGAGACUUAUUUGCGUCAUGGCGACUCUGAGAGGGCCUUACAGCUCAGUCGUAGGUCGACUAGUACUCAAUCUGAGGAGGGGGUACAGAGGCACCUUUGCUUUUCGCUCAAGCUUUGGUCUCUCGCGCUGGAUAUGGAGGAGAAUUUUGGCACGAUAUCCACCUGUAUCGCAUGUUACGACCGCAUGGUAGAGCUGAAGGUAGUCUCUCCUUUGUUGGUUUCUAAGUUUUGUCGUUUUUUGCAAAAGCAGCAGCACUUUGAGUCUAGUUUUAAGGCAUAUGAGAAGGGAAUUGGGUUGUUUCAAUGGCCUCACCUAUACCAUUUGUAUCUGGAGUACAUUUCUAGUUUUUGCGGGCGUUACCCAGGCACCAAGCUGGAGCGGGCCCGAGAGAUCUUUCAGCAGGCCAUAGGAAUACGCGACAUUUUUGACAAGGCUGGAGGACAGUCUGAACGGCAGGGGAUGGCACCUCCCGAGUUUGCACGUCCCCUGAUUUACCUUUACGCGGCCAUGGAGGAGGAGUACGGCCUCGCAAGGCGGGCCAUAGCUCUGUACCGCCUAGCCGCCAAAGUUUCCCCCCCCGGUGAGAGGUUCGUCAUGUACAAGCUCUACAUAUGCAAGACAGCGGAGCUUUUUGGGGUAAUGCACACCCGAGAGAUAUAUUCCAGUGCUAUUCAGGAUGGGUCAUUGGAUGACGAGUUAGUGAGGCAACUGUCCCUGCAGUUUAUCAAGUUGGAGCGGGGUUUGGGCGAGAUAGACAGGGCCAGAGCCAUAUUUGUUUACGCCGCCCAGUUAUUCGAGCCCUCAAAGUUUCCGCUAUUUUGGGAUCAGUGGAAGGAAUUUGAAAUUUUGCACGGCAAUCAGGAGUGUUUCCGCGACAUGCUUCGCCUCAAGGCCAGCGUAUCGGCCCAAUCCAACUUUUCUAGCUUUACGGCCCCCUUGGCUCCGCCUACUUAA